AUGAAUAACGCAAGGUUGUUCAAAGGCGGCUUGAAACCACCACAGAAGGACGGGGUGACAAAGUCGAAUCCCAGCAAGCGGCAUCGGGAGCGAUUAAAUGCCGAACUGGAUACGCUGGCAUCAUUGCUUCCUUUCGAGCAAAAUAUCCUCAGCAAGCUGGAUCGACUGAGCAUCCUCAGACUCAGCGUAAGCUACCUCCGCACCAAGAGCUACUUUCAAGUAGUGAUGCACAAGGAUAAGGAGGAGAAUUCGCACCACGACUCGCAUUACAGGGCGAGAGAGCUGGCAGCGCUCGCUGCUUACGACCAUCAUCACCUCGACGGCGAAAUGUUCCUACAGGCACUGAACGGGUUCCUGCUAAUACUGACUUGCGACGGGGAAGUGUUUUUCGCUACCCAUAGCAUAGAGAGUUAUCUUGGCUUCCAUCAGUCCGACAUCGUUCACCAGAGUGUGUACGAACUGGUGCACAGUGAGGACCGGGAGGAAUUGCAGCGACAAUUAAUGUGGAAUUCUUUCCUGCCUGCCGAAAGUGCGAGCCUGCCGUUGCUCGACGCACUCUCGCCCCAGCAUUGUCAUCUGCUCGAACGUAGCUUCACGGUCCGCUUCCGCUGUCUACUCGACAAUACAUCCGGUUUUCUGCGCCUCGACAUCAGGGGUCGGGUUAAAGUACUUCACGGCCAGAACCGGAAGACGGAAGAGCCGCCGCUGGCCCUGUUCGCCCUGUGCACACCGUUCGGGCCGCCAUCGCUUCUGGAGGUGCCGCAGAAGGAGGUGAUGUUCAAGAGCAAACACAAGCUGGACCUCGCGCUCGUGACGAUGGAUCAGAAAGGGAAGAUGCUCCUGGGUUACUCCGACGCGGAACUGACGAAUCUUGGCGGUUACGAUCUAGUCCAUUACGACGACCUGGCCUACGUGGCCAGCGCGCAUCAAGAACUACUGAAAACCGGUGCGUCGGGCAUGAUAGCCUACAGAUUUCAAACGAAGGACGGCGGAUGGCAGUGGUUGCAGACUAGCUCCAGGCUGGUCUACAAAAACUCGAAACCAGAUUUCGUGCUCAGUACUCAUCGACCUCUCAUGGAGGAGGAGGGCAGGGACCUGCUCGGCAAACGUACGAUGGACUUCAAGGUGAGCUAUCUCGACGCUGGAUUGACCAACAGCUACUUCUCGGACAGCGACACCCUCACGGGGUCGGUGAUGACGCCGACGUUACCGGCGCAACCGGCGCCCCAGAGGGUGAACAGGCGAUACAAAACGCAGCUGCGGGACUUCCUCACGACGUGCACACGCAAGCGCACCAAGCUCUCCGCUCAGUCGUCGGUCUCGCCGCCGGUGACCCCCGCGGUCGCGUCCGUGGAUUAUCUCGCGGCCGAUACCAGCACAGCCGCCGCGGUCGCCGCGGCGUACAGCAAUUUGAACACCAUGUACCCGACACCGUACCCGCCCACAGCGGUGGCGGCGAGCACCGAUCCUUCCCUGACGACUUACAUCGGUCACACGGGCAACUAUCAUCAGACCCUCUAUUCAGCGAGCGCAUUGGAUAACAGGUACCUCACAGCCGCGACGGAGAAUCUAUUCCAGUACAGGCCGUUGGGCUCAUAUUAUCCGGAAUAUCACACCGGCACCGCGUAUAACGGCUUCAUCGACGUGUCGUUACCCACGUACGAGACCCAUCAGCUGACCAGCAAGACGGAGGAGAAGCUCUACUGCCAGCAGCUAGGUAGCGGCGAGUCGCCCAAGUACAGCUACGUGGAGACGAGACACCCCGGGAGCGUCAGCGGUUCACCCUACGCCGCCAGUCCUGUGGCGAGCGUGUCUACGAUGCACCCGGCAGCGGCCGACAUGAACGUGGUGCGCGCCGGCAGCAGGCACUCCCUGGAGGGCGGCGCGUCGUCCAGCAAUUCCGCCGGCAGCUCGCCAGUGACCGGCGCGGCCAACGGUAUGCUGACGCCCAAGAUCGAGGACGUCAAGUCGGAGGUGUACAACAAUGAGGCGCCGCGCCAGACGGUGCUGAUGUGGGGCGCGCCGCCGUCGCGCACACCACCCAGGAAUAACGGCAGCUACAGCCCCCCGACGCCGCACUCGACCCACUCGUCCACGCACUCGACCAACGCCACCGGCGAUCCGCUCAAAUCGCUCGCGGAGAUGAACUCCAUGAACGGGGACUGCAAAUGGCGACAAACCUCCCCGACGGAUCAGCAAGUGACCGCGCCGAGUCCGCCAAGGAACAACAAAGCGCAGUCUCAGCAACAGCAGCAACAGCAGCAGCAGCACCACCACCAGCAGCAGCAGCAGCAGCAGCAGCAGCAACAGCAGCAGCAGCAGCAGCAGCAGCAUCAGCAACAAUACCCCGUCACAACGUCGCAAUACCAAGCAGCUGCGGUAGCCGCUGCGGCCGCUGCCGCCGCCGCCAGCACCAUCGGUUACACGCACUCUCAUCCGGGCCACGGCGGACACGGGGAAGCGGGCUCCGAGGUAUGGCAAGGAGUGCAACACCAUCACUACCAGUACUAUCCCUACCACCAUCACCACCCCGCACCACCAAGGCACACGCCCCACACGCCGCCGUCAGCUGCGGGAACGGGGACGGGGGUGGCGGCAGGCAUGGGCAUGGGCACCGGGGUGGACAACACCACCAGCAACAACAGCAACGUCUUGUACCAACCUCCGCACCACCACCACCAUCACGUGGUGGGAUCAUCAGCGGCGGCGGCGGGAAUGGGCCCAACUGUCCCGCAGAUACCAAACCGGACGCCGGGAGUCCUCUGCUGUCCAUCUCUGAGGUGACUAACACCCUGCUCAACCAAUAGUCCCUUGGUCACUUCGGCGUCGCUUUGCGUCAGUGAUGAAGGUGAGCCCGGUCGGCGAUGAACGGACGGAGCAAAAUAAUACGUGGAAAAUUUGUUUUCCUGUUGAAAAAUAUAUCAAUAUUUAUCGCGCGAGCCUUUACUAUUCUGCGUUUCUCUACUUGCAGGUAUCUCUGAGGAAAUGUCUUCACCGAAGCGGAUCCCAAAACGUGUCACUGUACCAUACAGAUAAUGUCGAUUAAAAGGAAAUAAGAAUUUACGUGUAGUACUGUAACAUACUUAUUGCAAAGCUAAUAACCAAUUUACUAUUACAUAACGUUUAUUGCAUUAAUUUAUCCAUAUCGAUACGUUAAGUGGAUGUUCUUCAGGAUUCACAGUUCUGCAUGUGACCACUGAUCGCAAGUUUGUAUGCGUGAGGGGCAGCGAUUACGAGGCGUUUUGCGAUUUUCAUUUAUUCGCUGCU